AUGGCACCAUCGCAGGAUAGCAGUCCACCUGCAUCGGUAUACGACAUGAGUGACGACGAAGAGACCGACUACAGCAGCGUGCGCCGCCGCUCCGAGGGCUCGCGCGGCGUCAAGCUGCUCUACGCCAAGAGCAAGGUCUUUGUCCACCCCUCGCCCUCCAGCAAGGACAACAUCGACGGCUUCAUCGCCUUGUACGAGCAAAAGUCUCCCUCGGCAUCGUCCACCGCUUCCUCGUCCACCGCUUCCUCGUCCACUCAGAUCCCCUCCUCGUCACUCGUCCUAGGAUGGCAUCCCGUCGCCUCCCUCAAGUCCCAGGGCCAGUUCGAUACGUACAACAAGGUCGACCUUGACGACAAAGACCAGCCUCAACGAAAUCUCGUCCCCCCUCCGCCUAUCACCUCCGCACACUCGUCCUCUCCAGGUCCAUACCCUUUUGCUGUCCAAGCAAGCGAAAUCUACUCGAUCCAGAUCCGCCCGCCCAGUGCCGGUUGGUGGUUUGGCAGUCUUGUCAUCAACACCAGAUCAGGCGACAGCUUCCCUGUCCUCUUCUUCCACGACAGCGAGUGCCAGUCCACUAUCAACCACCGCAAGAAGCUCGCCCGCGAGAACUUUGAUCCCUUUGGAGAGUCUGGCAACCUGUUCUGGGGUGGUGACCAGGUCCUGGAAUGGAUCAAGAGACACCUCAAUGUCGAACGCUCGCCUGAGCCCAACAUCUUCCUGAUCGAGCCCUCGGAUGCCGAUCGUACUGGCUUCGGUACAGACAAGUCUGCUAAGCCCACACCCGACAAGGUUCAACAAGCACUCGAGGGCCCCAAUGCUCAACCGCAGAAGAAGAAAAAGGAGGAUCCUGUUGCAAAGUUCCUCAAGGACUCUCGCUGGGCUGUUCUGGAGAAGCUCAGUCAAGUCACAACCUUUACCCGUCGCACUGCUCAGGCUGCUGCUGAUAACCCCAAACUGCCGCCUCAGCUGCGUCGCAUCAUGCAGAAUCCUCAAGUUCAGACUGUCCAAGAAGAGUUCGACAGUGCCCGCCUGUAUCUCGCAAGAUGGGCCAUGACUAUUGCUGAACAGAGCGAGCGUGACAGAAGUCAACGCAUCUACACUGCAAAGGACUUGCUUGAGAAUGAAGACACCGAACUGGGCGAAUUCGAAAUUCUCGAUGUUGACAUGAGGAAUCUCGAGCUCAACGAGAAGAGAGAUCCCGUGACCAAGAAGGAAUGGGAUGCUUUUUUCGAUUCCCAUGGAAGGCUACAAGUCACACCUGAUGAAGUCAAAGAGCGUGUUUUCCACGGCGGCCUGGAUCCAGAUGACGGUGUCAGAAAAGAAGCUUGGCUGUUCCUCUUGGGUGUCCAUGACUGGAAGAGCACCAGAGACGAACGUAAAGCCAGGAUGAACAGCCUCAAUGACGAAUACAUCCGUCUCAAGGGUGCCUGGUGGGACCGCAUGAUGGACGAAGACGGCACACUCGAAGAACGCGAGUGGUGGAAAGAGCAAAAGAUGCGCAUAGAAAAGGAUGUGCACCGAACUGAUCGCAAUAUUCCUCUGUUCGCUGGCGAGGAUAUCCCCCACCCAGAUCCGACCUCGCCUUUUGCCGAAGUUGGCACCAAUGUCCAUCUUGAGCAGAUGAAGGAUAUGCUACUGACCUACAACGAGUACAACAAAGAUCUGGGCUAUGUGCAGGGCAUGAGUGAUUUGCUUGCUCCCAUCUAUGCAGUCAUGCAAGACGAUGCCGUGGCCUUUUGGGGCUUUGUAAAUUUUAUGAAUCGCAUGGAACGCAACUUCCUCCGCGACCAAAGUGGCAUGCGCCUCCAACUAACCACCCUCGACCACCUCGUCCAACUCCUCGACCCUAAACUCUACCUCCACCUCCAAAGCGUCGACUCCACAAACUUCUUCUUCUUCUUCCGCAUGCUGCUCGUCUGGUACAAGCGCGAAUUCCCCUGGCUGGACGUCCUGCGUCUCUGGGAAACCCUCUGGACUGACUAUGCAUCUGCCAACUUCCACCUCUUCAUUGCAGUAGCGAUAUUAGAGAAACACAGGGAAGUCAUCAUGGAGCACUUGCGCGGCUUUGACGAAGUGCUCAAGUACGUCAAUGAGUUGAGCAAUACGAUUGACUUGCAGUCGACGUUGAUUAGGGCGGAAGCGCUGUUCAGACGCUUUCAAAGGACUGUCGAGGCUAUUGAUCGGAAAGACCAUUUCCCUACUCCGACGCUGAGGCAGAGGAAACAGAUUGAAGGUGGUAGUCUUGAUCAAGGGUCCAAAGCGGUCGGGCAUGAUGGGAAGGCUGCUGCUGCUGCUGCGAGUAGUAGUUCAGAUGCAAAGGGUGGUGCUCAGCAGCAGCAGCAGCAGCAGGGUACUACGACAACGCAGCAGAAGGAGAGGAUUGUGAGUCCUGAGCUUCGGGCGCUGUUGAGUCGGGAGUUUACUACGGUUGACAAGACCCCUAAGUGA